AAAACUAUGACGAGCUCUAGUUCUGCUAAAGAUGUAAAGCAAAAAGCAGCCUUUCACUUUCGAAAUCUUAGCCAAAGUAUAGGUUCAGAAAAAGAUUUGGAUAACUUAAAUGACAUUGGUAGCAGCUCUUCACUUAAAAAAGCACCUGUUAAAAAGUUUUCUGAAUCUCAAUCUAAAGAAGACAGAACUAUGAAUAAUGUUUCUACAACAAAAUGGCGACUUAGCUAUAACGCACCUCAACCUAGUGAGUUAGCAGAGAACCCCUCUGAUUAUAUGGAUACAAAUUUCAAUGAUGAUACAACAAACCUACCUUCAAAUACAAAUGAAGAUAACAUCGCUAGUAAAACAGAAGAAGAAGGAGUGGAGUCAUUACCAGCUGGCAGCGAUGCAUUUAUCAGUCAGGGUGAAACUUCUAAUUAUAUUUGUAAAAAAAUAAAGCAGAGAGAAUGCUCAACAUAUAUAGGCCAAUCAAAGAAUGAAAAGAAAGAAAUCUGUGGCUGCGGACGUUCUAAAGAGGAGCAUACAUCUGUUUCAUCAGCAGAGUCUACAACAUGGAACUACAAAAAACAUGCAGCAUUACAAAAGUGUGACUCUUUUGGCAAAAUAGAGUUUAUUGGAGUGGGAAGCAAGACAACUACUGCACUAUAUUCCAGAAUAGACUGUGAUACAAAAUGCAGGGAUGUUUGGGAACUGAUGAUUACACAUUGGAAAAUGACCCCACCCAAACUGCUCAUAUCAGUAACUGGUGGAGCUCAGAAAUUUGAGCUUAAGCCAAGGCUUAGCUCCCUUCUUAAGCUGGGGCUUGUUGGGGCCGCAGUCAAUACAGGUGCCUGGCUGAUCACAGGUGGAACAGCAUCAGGUGUAAUGGAGUUUGUAGGUGAGGCUGUGAAACAUCACAUGACCAUAAAUGGAAGUGGCUCUGACGAUGCUUGUGUGGCUCUGGGUAUUGCCACAUGGGGGAUUGUAAAGAAUAAUGAAUCUCUGAGUGGAUUUAAGAAUACUGGUGCAUGGCCAGCGUCCUAUAAAUAUGAAGAUGAGAAGAAUUCAAAAUGUCUCCCUUUGGAUCCUAAUCAUACACACUUCCUGCUGGUGGAUGAUGGGACAGUAAACAAGUUUGGAGUGGAGAUAGAGUUCCGCUCAAAGCUGGAAAGAUUUAUAGCCAAACAAAAGGCCCCAAACCAAGACAUAAAAAUCCCAGUGGUACUGAUCGUGGUGGAAGGAGGUUUUGGAACAAUGAAAACAGUGGAAGAGUCUGUUAAAAAUGGCAUUCCUGUGGUUAUUGUCAAGGGUUCUGGAAGGGCCGCAGAUCUGUUGGCCUCUGUGUUUGAGCUGAAAGCAAAAAAUAACCUUGACAAUCCUGAGGAAGAAAUAAAGAAAUGUUUUGAUACAAAGGACACCCCAGAAGAUAGAAGAAAUAUAGAAAACUGCAAAGCUCAGUUAAAAUCAUGCUUUAAAAAACCCUAUUUGAUCAAUAUUUUUGACCUUGAAAAGUGUGAUUCAGUAAAAGAUAUUGAUCUGGCUAUAUUACGUGCUUUGCUGAAAGCCAACCAAUCAGAGUGUAAGGCUCAGCUUGGUUUAGCACUGGCCUGGAACAAAUGUGAAGAUGCCAGAAAGCACAUAUUUAUUUCUUCAAACAGGUCAAAGUGGAAGAUGAGAGACCUGUAUGAUGCCAUGUUUGUAGCCAUUGUGCAAGACAAACCUGAUUUUGUUCAACUAUUCUUAGACAAUGGCGUUGAGCUUAAAAAGUUCCUUAAUAUCCAAACUCUCUGGAAGCUUUAUCACAGUUGUCUGAAUAUGCCAGAUAGCAUUGAGGCAGCAAUUGUAAAGGGUGAACUCAAAUUUCAGGAGCAAAGUUUGAAGGCAUACUUGACCUGUCGCUCUCUUGAUGACUGGAAAGAUUUGCCGAAAGAAACACUGCUGUAUAGCAUCAACAAAGUCAUCAUCAGUUUACUGAAGGAUGACUCAUAUAAUUUUUAUUUUGGUGAGGAUUAUCAUGUACAGUGUGAUAGCGCGGCAAAUCCAAUGCAUUGGGAAGGAGAUGAAAAAAUAAUUCAACGAAGCUACAAUUCUAAAUGUGAGGGACACAUUGACUCCGACAAAGAGGCUCCUGACAAAUUGGCUCCCGAUAUAAGGGCUCCUGACAAAUGGCCUCACGACAAAUGGUCUCACGACAUAUUGGCUCCCGACAAAUGGAAACCUUUUAGAACUGUCAAGAUUGGUUUUGAAUAUCCAGAAAGAGAUUUAUUCAUCUUAGCAGUAGUUUUCAACAGGAAAAAAAUGGCUGAUUUGUUUCUAAAAUUGGGAGUAGACCAGAUUGGAACCUCACUUGUGGGCUCUGCAAUUCUGAAAGGACUAUCGAAACGAGCUGAAAAUAGUGAGGAAACUGCCCUGAGCAUUAGUUAUAAUGAACAUUCUCAAAUACUCGAGAGAUUUGCUAUAAAUGUUUUGAGUGAAUGCUACCAACGGAACAAAGUAGAUGCGCAAACCCUGUUAUUUCGAGAAAUGAAACAACUUGGAGGUGUUCCUGUUCUCCUUUUGGUUGAGAGGCAGGAGCUGAUGGACUUUGCUGAGCAUCCAGCUUGUCAGACCAAGCUAGCCAGCGUGUGGAAGGGAGAUCUUUCACCACAAACUUCCCAGUUUAGGAUUUUUGCAUCGAUCAUCCUACCAUUCCUAAUUCCAUUUAUGAAGUUUAUAGAACAUUCACAUAAAAUACGGUCCAACCAAGUAGCACCAUCAACUUGUCUGCCGAAUAAGAGGAAACUUUCCUUACAAAAUAACACUGAAGCUAAGCCAAACACUUCCAGAGAAGUCAGGGUGGGCUGUGUAAAUGAUGGUACAAAGAUUAGCUUGACCAGAGCCAUCCACAAGUUCUACUCAGCUCCUGUCACUAAAUUCUCAACAAAUAUUAUUUCCUAUAUAAUCUUCCUUGGGUUGUUUAGUUUUUUCCUUCUGACUAACGUGCGUCCAGUUACACUAGAAGAUUCUCCAUCUGUAGUGGAAUUUGUUGUCUACGCAUGGUUUGCUACUAUGUUUAUUGAAGAGAUACGACAGGUCUGGGCAGUAAGCCAAGUUUCACCAAAAUUUAAAUUCAUGAGAUGGUGGAGUAACACUUGGAACGUGUUUGACUUGAUUAUGUACAUUGCCGUACUUGUUUCUAUCAUACUGCGCUUCAACUUGAAUGAAGAAACAUUUCUUGGCGUACGAAUAGUUUACUCUGUCACCUUAAUUUUGGCCUACUUGAGAUUCAUGCAGUUUUUCUUUGCAGAGCCACAUAUGGGGCCUAAGGUCAUCAUGAUUCGAAGAAUGCUGACAGACCUAUUGUUUUUUUUCUUCAUUCUGGUGGUUUUUAUUCUGAGCUUUGGUGUUGGCUACCAUGUCAACAUGUUUCCUAAUCAGCCAAUUAGUUGGUCAAUCUUGGCCAAUGUUGUUAAGUACCCGUACUUUCAAAUUUACGGAGAGCUGUUUUUAGAUGAUCUUAAAGGAAAAAACGAUGGAGACGACGGCUGCACCAAAAAUGAAACAAUCUGGAGAGAAAAUCUUUCAUUAAGAUGUCCUGAAACAAAUCCCAUCGUUUACAUAUUUCUCUCCCUUUAUUUGGUGUUAACCAACAUUUUACUAAUCAACCUUCUGAUAGCUAUGUUCAGUUACACUUUCCAAAGAGUGCAGGACAAUUCAACAAAGGUGUGGCGCUUUCACAGGAUCUCAUUGGUGAAUGAAUACUUUGACCGGCCCACCUUGGCGCCUCCAAUAAUUAUUUUAAACCACAUUUGGAGAAUUAUCGGUCACUACUAUCCUUGUGUGAUAAUCGGAGAAAGACAAAAAUUUGGUAUGGAGCUUUCACAAGAUGCUAACAAUCGACUAAGACUUUUUGAAAAAGCUGCUGUUGAUACUUACUUGGCUCAGAAGUUUGUGAACGAGAGAGAAUUUUUAGACAACAGAGUAGCAACAACUGCAGAAAGGCUGGAGCAUUUGAUGGCUGACCUCCAGAUGGUCAAAGAAUACAUCCAAAGAAGCCAGUCCUUGUGUGAGAAAUGCAAAGAUACCUCAUAAUCUGUGACUUUCAAAUUAUAUAUAAUCUGUGAUCUUCUCAGUAGAUUUUUAUAUUUAUUUAAAGAUCUUUUUCCAAAUCAGUGCUAUUUAUUUUUAAGCAGUUGUUUAUGUAACCAAAUCAUUUAUUUAAUCAAAUCAUUGCUAUUUUGUUGUAAGCUGUUUUUUAUGUAACCUAAGUUCAACAUGGAAACGAUUGUGUGCUUUCACGUGGUUAUAAUUAAAAUUUGUAUAUCCAAUGCAAAAAGAAAGCAUAAUGCAUUUAAUAGUUUAACAAACACCCUAUUGGUAUUUACUUAAUCAGGGACGACAAAUGUCAAAACAUGAUGCCCAUUAAUUAUGCAGAGGAUAUUCUCUACACAUUAUUUUUAUCACCAAUUACUUCUUAACCUUUUGAGCAUAUUUUUUUACUAAUAAAUGUGUAUUAUAUUAUAUUUUAAAACAAUUUUUAAAAAUAGCUAUGCAUCUUUUAUUAAUACUUAAGCCUACAAAUGUACAUAAAGUGU